UUCAACGGAUCUUGAAUCAAACCGUUGCCAAACCUAGUUUUCAACCCGUUCACAGUCUUCAUCAGCAUCUGAAUACUGCUAACGGAAAUCUUAUUAGUGACCUUCUUCUUGGUCCGUAGUACAAAAAAAGUUUACAAAAUUUCUCCCAAUUCAAAUCACGCCUUUUACUUGCAUUAUUGUUAAACUGAUUCUGCGGCAAGCUACGUUGAUCUGAGGUUCUGAAUCCGACGGCAGAAGCUCAAAUGUCGGCAGCGGCGAUGACGAGGGCACUAUCAGGCCUCGCGUACCCGGAGCGAUUCUAUGCGGCGUCGACCUACGCCGGAUUCGGUGGAUCCCCAAAUUCUUCUGCCAAAGGCGUCAGCUCCAAGUUCUCGAACGACGUCGCUCUCCUCCUCUACGCACUCUACCAGCAAGCAACUGUGGGGCCUUGUAACAUUCCUAAGCCUAGAGGCUGGAGUCCCAUUGAACAAAGCAAAUGGACCAGCUGGAAUGGACUUGGAAACAUGGCUUCCACAGAGGCAAUGCGUCUCUUUGUUAAAAUAUUGGAGGAAGAAGAUCCAGGAUGGUAUUCAAGAACCUCAUACUCUGUUGUUGAGCCUAUUAUAGAUGUUGAAAUGAAUCAUCAUCCAAAAGUUGAGACUGUCACAGAGAAUGAAAAUUCUUUUCCUGAGACUAAGACUAUUCCUGCUGAAAACGGCUACCUUUCAGAAACUCAGGAUAAAGAUGUUGUGUCUGAAGGUCUUGGUGUAGUUAGUGUAUAUGACCAGUGGGUUGCACCCCCAGUAUCUGGCACUCGUCCAAAAGGCCGAUAUGAGCAUGGAGCUGCAGUUAUAGAUGAUAAGAUGUAUGUAUUUGGUGGAAACCACAAUGGACGCUACUUAAACGAUCUCCAGGUUCUGGACUUGAGAAGUUGGAUGUGGUCUAAAGUUGAAGUUCAAGCAGGAACUGAGGGUGCAAUAAUUCCAUGCGCUGGUCAUUCCUUGAUACCAUGGGACGGGAAUAAGCUUCUUUCAAUAGCGGGACAUACAAAGGAUCCUUCUGAAACUUUACAAGUGAAGGUGUUUGAUCUGCAAACUCGUACCUGGUCGACCUUGAAGACUUAUGGAAAGCCACCGGUUUCUCGUGGAGGGCAGUCAGGGACCCCUGUUGGCUCAACCCUAGUCAUCUUUGGUGGACAAGAUGCAAGGAGAUCCCUUUUGAAUGAUUUGCAUAUUUUGGACUUGGAAACCAUGACGUGGGAUGAAAUGGACACACUGGGAGUGCCUCCUUCUCCAAGGUCUGAUCAUGCUGCUGCAGUACAUGCAGAACGUUACCUUCUUAUCUUUGGUGGCGGUUCACAUGCAACCUGCUUUAACGAUCUUCAUGUUCUUGAUCUGCAUACUAUGGAAUGGUCCAGACCCACUCAACAGGGUGAGAUACCAAGUCCUCGUGCUGGUCAUGCUGGUGUCACAGUUGGAGAGAAUUGGUUCCUUGUCGGUGGUGGUGACAAUAAGAGUGGUGUCUCUGAAAAUGUUGUCCUUAACAUGUCCACGUUGGUCUGGUCAGUUGUAACUACAUUUCAAGGGCGCAUUCCUCUUGCUAGUGAGGGCUCAAGUUUGGUCCUGAGUUCCUUCAAUGGUGAAGAUAUCCUGGUUUCUUUUGGAGGAUAUAAUGGGCGGUACAAUAAUGAGGUCAAUGUACUUAAACCAAGUCACAAAUCAACUUUUAAAUCAAAGAUGAUGGAGUCACAAGUACCUGAUAGUGUUUCAGCCAUUCAGAAUGCUACAAAUGCUACCAGAGAUGUGGAAUCGAUCGGCCAAGAAGGAAAAAUUAGAGAAAUUGUUAUGGACAAUGUUGAUUCAGAGCCAAUGGUCAACAAGGUUGAAGAAACCAAUGAGCGUCUCUUAGCAGCCCUCAAGGGAGAAAAGGAAGAACUAGUAUCCUCUCUCAGUAAGGAGAAAAUGCAAACCCUCCAGCUAAAGCAAGAGUUGACGGAAGCUGAGAAUCGCAGCACAGACCUAUACAAGGAACUCCAAUCUGUACGAAGCCAGCUUGCAUCUGAGCAGUCCAGAUGUUUCAAACUUGAGGUUGAUGUUGCAGAGAUGCGACAGAAGCUACAAACAAUGGAAAUCUUACAAAAGGAACUUGAACUUCUCCAGCGACAGAAGGCCGCUUCUGAACAAGCUGCCCUAAAUGCAAAACAGAGGCAGAGCUCAGGCGGCAUGUGGGGGUGGCUUGCUGGAACUCCUAACCAACAUGUUGAUGGUGAUGAUUGAUGCCUGAUGUAUCUAAGCAUGAUGUUUGAUCAUUCUAGGUUUGGGGUCGUCACUAGUUUACUUCAUAUGUUAUUCUUGCCUUUUAAUCCCCUUUUUUGUAAUCUUGCAAUAAACACACACGGUUUCUUAGCCCGAGGAAAUACGUACAUCUUCGAAAUCGAGCUGGUGCAGAUACAGGAGGCCAUUAGUGAAAAAGAUUCUUUCUUAAUUGUUUAUGAAGAUACAGAUUGUACGAGUGGUUUAUCAUUUUUGAAAAAUAUGAAUUUUCAACUGAUUGUACACAGAUUUCUUCUAUGGAUAAUAGAGCAAAAAUGAGAGAACAGUUUGAUGUUUGUUUACAUCGUGAA